UUAAAUUUUUUUUUUUUUUUUAAAAAAAAAACAGUAGUUGGUUCCCAGUUCCCACACUUCUCUUGUCUCACUCUCACCUCAAAACCUCAUCAUCAUCAUUCAUUCAUCACUCUCCUUUGAGUCAUCUCGACUGAAUACUAAACUACAUCUCCUCUUCCUACGACUCAGUCUCUUCUUCAACCUCCUCGAUAUCCUCCUCGCUUUCUCUCUCCUCCUUCUUCACUCUAUCUCUCUCAUCCCAAAUGAAAAUCAUAAAUUAAAACCAAUCAAAUCAAAUCAAAAUUAAUUAUAAAAAUGGGGGGAAAGGGAAAGGGCAAAUUCCUCAAAUUGAAUUUCUCAUUUUACAGGAACUCACCUUCACGUUCUUCCAAAUCUUCACCACCACCACCAGAGUAUAUUUGCCCCGUUUGUAAUUCCCUCUUCUCCGACCCGGUUGUUGUCGGGUCGGGUCACACCGUCGACCGUCUUUGUGCCGAGGUUUGCGAAACCCAUAACUACAAGCCCGAAUUCCCAGAUAAAACCCGACCCGAUUUCUCCACCAAAAUCCCCAAUUUAGCCCUGCGCUCUGCUAUCCCUGCCUGGUGCUCCAAAAACGGCGUCGCUUUGCCGCAGGGGAAUGAUAAGGUUGCAAUCGAGAAGAUUGUGAAGGAGAUGAUUGAGAAGGAGGAGAGAGGCAACGAUUUGAUUCGGCCGUCGGAAAGGUUUCUCAUUGAGUCGGUAAAGGAUAAGGCUGACCCCGACGCUUCCCACGCUGUUACCGAGUUGACUCACCGGGUUAACCGGUUUGACACGUCGACGAGUUCGGAGGAGUCGGUGAUUGCGGCGGCGAGUCCGCUUACGCCGUUACCGUUCACCACUCGACCUGCUUCGUGUUGGUCGCCGUUUCAUACUUCGUCAUCGGAAACCCUAGUUUCCGACGAUGCGAUGAACCCUAACCCUAGCUUUGAUAUUUCCGAUGACGAGGAAUUUAUCGCGAAAUUCAAGAGUUGUGAUCCGUAUGAACAGGAACAAGGUGCGAUUUCGCUGAGAAACGCGACGAGAAAUGAUGAAGAAGCGCGGAAAUCAGCGUGUACGCCACGUUUGUUGCUUGCGCUUGGAUCGUUGCUUUUCUCGAGCUACGAGAAAGUUCAGAUAAACGCAAUUGCUGCGCUGGUGAACCUCUCGCUUGAGAAGACGAACAAGGUGAAGAUCGUACGGUCAGGAAUAGUUCCGACGGUGAUUCAGUUGUUGCGAGGGAGAUUAUCCGAGGCGCAGGAACACGCGGCAGGGUUGAUAUUUUCUCUCUCAUUAGAAGAGAAGAAUCGUACAGCAAUCGGAGUUCUCGGUGCUUUGCCGCCAUUGUUGAACUGCUUGUUAAGGUCGGAAUCGGAGCGAACUCGGAGUGACGCAGCUUUAGCGCUGUAUAACCUCUCGCUCGAUCAUAGCAACAGAGUCAAACUCGUUAAGCAAUUCAACGCGGUGCCGCCGUUGCUGGCGGUGCUCCGGCAGGAAAAGGAGUCGAUCGCCGGGAGAGUGCUGCUGGUGCUGUAUCAAUUAGCGGCGAGUGCGGAGGGAAAGGCGGCGAUGUUGGACGGAAAUGCGGUGGCGCAUUUGGUGUGGAUGUUGAGAAAGGGGAAGGGCGAGUUCGAGUCCGAGUCGACUCGGGAGAACUGUGUUGCCGCGCUGUACGCGCUGAGUCACGGGAGCAUGAGGUUCAAGGCGCUUGCGAAGGAGGCGAGGGUGAUGGAGGUGUUGAAGGAGGUAGAGGAGAACGGGAGCGAGCGAGCGAAGGAGAAAGCGAGGCGGAUAAUGGUGGUGUUGAAGGGGAGGAGGGAGAGUGAGGAUGGACUUGGGGAGAGUAUUGAUUGGGAGGCGAUUCUUGAAUCGGAUGGUGGUGGUGGUGGACUCAGUCGGACUCGGAACCGACUUGGUGAUGGUCCUGCUUUUGGUAAAACGGCUGAGUUUUGACUCUUUGACUUUUUUAUUUGGUGUUUGAUGAUUUUCAUUAAUUAUCUUUUUGGGUAUUAAAUUUAGGUACAGGAUGUAAUUAUUAUUGCUGGAUUUUGUGAUUUUGGGGUAUUUAAUUUACAUUUAAUUGUGGAUUCUCUCUAUAAAUACUUGUGGAUUAUGUAAAUAAUUAGUGUUACAUUUUGGAAAUAUUGAUGGUUUUGGAAAGUCUCUUUGAACACGUUUUAUUCUUCUCAUUAUUCUCAUGCAACAUUUGUGUC